AUGGGAUUCUCGAUUCAGCGGUGGAUGUUGGACUAUGUGACACCACCGUGUGAUCUGACUAACGUUUACUAUGCAGAAUUUCUUCGUGGUCUGAUAUAUUUUCAGACAAACAGCGCCUUCGAGACCACUCAGCAGUUGAAGAGACGUAUUGUUGAAAGAACAUUCGUUCAACAGGUAACCCUUCAAGGUGCAUUAUAUGUGGCUGAAUUGGUGACAUACUUCUAUGUUGCCAACUAUUUUCCUGUUAGUAAUGAUCAUGUCGUCGGAGAUCCGAACAGAUGGCCGAAUUUUUUGCUUACCACCUAUGCAUGGAUACUCGUACACACGUUGGAUGGGUGA